AUGAAUACGGAGCUUCCCUCGGAAAUACUAUUCUCUCAUAUACUCCCAAGGCUGCCUGCCAAAUAUGUAUCACGUUUCAAGUGUGUCUCCAAGCAAUGGAACUCCUUCUUAAGGACGCCUUAUUUUUCCACAAUUCACCUCAACCACGUAACCAACGACGACCAUCAAAACCACCACAAAUUUCUCUUCUUCUCGUCAUCCAUAAACCCAAAGGUGUUCCACAAUCUCGACUGUGAAACACCUGAUCAAGAUGGUUUACCUGUGAGCCGCUCUUUACCAUUUGAAGUGAGUUCUGCGAGGAUGAUAUUUAUAACUUCUUUAAAUGGACUGGUUUGCGUAGGCAUAACCGAGCCAGGGUGCAAUAAUGUAUACUCCAAUAUGAUAUUAUGGAAUCCUUGUACAAAUGACUAUAAAAUAUUGUCUAAACCCAAUUCUCACGUAGACUGCUACCGGGUUACAGUAAAAGCAUCCGGGUUGUAUUACUGCUCUUCUGACGAUGAUUACAGGCUUCUACGUGUGACCACAAGUCUCAAUGUUUAUAUAUACUCGUUGAAAUCCGACUCAUGGAGAAUGCUGGAUUCGAUGAAGGUCUUGAACUCAAUAAGCACCGUUACUUCAGAAACUUGGGGGGCAAGUACUCUACAGAAUGAAAAUCUCUAUUUCUUAACCAAGAGAGUGAACAAAUAUCAUCAACUAAUUUCAUAUUCCAUUAUAAGGUUCGACACAAAGACCGAAAAGUUCAAAGAGUUGCCAACUCCCUCUCCUCAAGAUGACACGACAAUCUGUUUGAAUUCCGUGCUUCUACACAAAGACCAACUAAUUCACUUAUGUGAGAUGUAUAGCUUCUGUAAAGUAAAUUCUAAAGAAGCAGAGUUGAGUGCCAAGUUAUGGAGGAUAGAUGGAGAUGGAGAUGGAGACUGGACGAAGGUGGGAACGUAUGCCAUACCGAGAAAUUUUUAUGGCUACGAGCCACUACACUUGAUGAGGGACGGGAAUUGGGCUACACUUUGUCGCUCUAAAUGUCAUGUGUACAAACUCGAUCCGGCCAGGGAUUUCCAAAAGAUAUCUCACAGAAUCGACAACCCUCCAAAAGGGAAAUAUGUUGAGACUUUGGUGUCACCCAAUUGGUAG